CAUCAUCUUUCUCUAUCUCUCGUCGACCUAUCCAAUGGCAGAUUCCAAGGAGCUUGGCUCGGCCAGCCGGCGAAUCUCCGUCGUCACCAACCAUCUCAUCCCUAUCGGAUUCAAUCCAACUCGUGUUGACUCAGUGGAACUCUGUAGUGCUUCGUCGAUGGAUGAUAGUUUCCAUAAGGUUCACGGUGAAGUUCCGACCCACGAAGUCGUUUGGAAAAAAGCUGAGUUCUUUGUUGACGGAGAUAAUAAGGAGUUUGUUGACAUUAUUUAUGAGAAAGCCCUUGAUGAAGGCAUUGCAAAGAUUACUAUAAACCGGCCAGAGAGAAGAAAUGCGUUCCGGCCUCAGACUGUGAAGGAGCUUAUGCGUGCGUUUAAUGAUGCUAGAGAUGACAGCUCUGUUGGAGUCAUCAUACUCACUGGCAAGGGAACAAAAGCAUUUUGCAGUGGUGGUGAUCAGGCGUUAAGAACACAAGACGGUUAUGCUGAUCCCAAUGAUGUUGGCCGCCUUAAUGUUCUUGAUCUUCAGGUUCAGAUCCGCAGAUUGCCAAAGCCAGUUAUCGCGAUGGUUGCUGGUUAUGCUGUUGGAGGAGGACAUAUCUUGCACAUGGUCUGCGAUCUAACAAUUGCAGCUGAUAAUGCUAUUUUUGGUCAAACGGGUCCUAAGGUUGGAAGUUUUGAUGCUGGUUAUGGAAGUUCCAUCAUGUCUCGUCUGGUUGGUCCAAAAAAGGCACGAGAAAUGUGGUUUAUGACAAGGUUCUACACAGCUCCUGAAGCAGAAAAAAUGGGACUUAUCAAUACAGUUGUGCCGCUAAGAGAUUUGGAGAAAGAAACUGUGAAAUGGUGCAGAGAAAUCUUACGGAACAGUCCAACUGCAAUCCGAGUGCUUAAGGCAGCACUUAAUGCAGUUGAUGAUGGCCAUGCCGGACUUCAGGGACUCGGUGGCGAUGCAACACUCUUAUUCUAUGGAACCGAAGAAGCUAUCGAAGGAAGAACUGCUUAUAUGCAACGCCGACCACCGGACUUCUCUAAAUUUCCCCGGCGACCUUAAACUCACUUCUAGCUCAGUUAAGGUGUUUUUGUUACAGGAUUUGUCCUCAUUCCAAUCCAUGUCCUUUUUUUUUUUCUCAUGUGCUUGUUUUGUUUACCAAACUAUGAAUAAUGGAUUUAAAUUUAG